CGAGAGCAAUAACUUAAUGCUAAUAAGUAACGCGUUUUCCAACAAAUAAAUGGCAAAGACAUUUCCUUCUUUUCUUUACGAUUUCGAUAGAAAACCAAAAGCAGAGCUAUUACCAAUGACCCAUUAAUUAAGAGCAUUAAUAAUUAAUAACGCGUUUUUAAACAAAUAAAAUGGCAAAAGACGUUUCCUAAUCCUUAUCUUCUUUACGGCUCUGCCCCAAAAGGGAAGAGAAAUAAAUGCUAAUUGUAAUAUUCCAUUCCAGGCGUGGACUCGCGCCCCAAAAUUACCCCUUUAAUUUUAUUAUUAUAUUAGUGGCAAGUACUUUAUGACCUGCCCUUUUUAUUUAUUUAGUCGUUAGAUAGUCAAAUUUUGUAUUAAAUGUCUAUUCCCUCCAUAAAACAACGGAUGACCUAUUGUCUUCUUCUCUAUGAAAUUGCAAUCCCUAAAAGCUUCUCGCCCCAUUCCCAGACUCCUCUUUCCCUCGGCAAAAACCCAUCCUCGCUGCAAAAACCCUCGGCAAACCCUCCCAAACCACACCACCCCCACACACAUCUUCUCUUGUCACAUGGCAGAAGCCGGCGGCGGCGAUAAGUGGGUCUGCCUCCAGCCGAAAGUGUGUUCGACAAGGCUCGGUUAUAAACCGCCGGAGGGAGAGGGUUUAUCUCCAGCGAAAGGCAACGAUGCCAAACAUAAAAGUCGAAAUCGCAAGAACUGGAUCCUCACUUCCUUUACACAGACAGUAGAAGGGGUUCCGCAUCUUGUUACAUAUCUCGAACAAUUCGUUGAUUUUACUCUCCUCAGGUAACCGAUCCCUGCGCAGCCAUGUUACCUUUUCGAGCUUUCAUUCAGUAUUCCGUCUCUGUUUAGCGAUUUCUGCUUCGAAUCCCCGAAAAGAGAGAAGCUUGAAUCAACUUUCCGAUUCCGCUGUCUUCCAUUCGUCGGCUGACUUAGCGAAUUCCCCUUUGAAUCAGGUCUUCAGAUUCGCACAUCUUCAACUUGAUUGAGCUCUUUCUCAAGAGGUAACCGCCAUCUUCUCUCUGCUUCGCUCUCUGGUUAUUUCCUGAUUUGGUUCCUUUGGGAACCCUAAUCUUUCUGCUUUUUCUUGCCAAGUUCUCUCUGUUGCUCCUCGUUUUUUCCUUCGGAUAUAUGCUUGUUGGAUUACGAUGCUAUUCCCUGCUCUGCUCCCUUCGAUUGCUCUCAUAAAUCUUAUCUUUCUGUUCAUCUUUGCAUCGUUAAUGGUGCCGAAGUUCUCUCUGUUGUUCCUCCGUCCCUAUUUGUUUCACUAUGCUGCUAUUUCCUGCUUUGGUCUCUUGGCGGAUCUCUGUCUGCAUCUGCAAAACCCUAAUAUGUCUUCCAUUCUCAUUACAUCGUGUCAAUGUUCUCUCUGUUCUUGGCUUGGUUUUCUUCCGAUUUCUGUUUCUUUGAUAUAUCUGUUGCUGUUCGAACCCUAAUAUAUUUGCUUCUUCUUGGCUUGUUAUUCUGUUCAGAUGAAUACUCCACAUCAGAUUGUCUAUCCCUUUGGAAUUGGGGGAGGAGUUGUUGAUAGGGUUAAUGCUCUCAUGACAACACCCCAGUUUCUGCAUGUUCUUGAAUCUCGCCAGCAACAGGAUAUCAAGUUUGAACUUGCGCUGGAAGUCAUUAGAGAAAGGAGGAUGGUACUCCAAGCCUUAGCAGCUGCUGAGGGAGAUCUUUCUCAUUACAGCGAAUUGGAGUCCAUUGGCAGAGAUGAGGCAGUGAUUCUCGGUUUGGACAAGAAGAACGAAUCCAUCCGUGCAUUGGUCAUGCAGAUCUACUUUCCAAACAUCAACUUGCAAGGAGAACCAGAUGGGCACUCACUCACCACUCUCAUGGCCAGCCCCACUUUUGGGCUUAUUCUGAACCUGCGCAAGGAGGGAUUGAAGUACCUUGUCGCCCUUGAUGUUGUCAGAGAAAUCAAAAGGACCAUCUUGGCUGCUUCAGUUAAAAAUAAUAUUUUUCAAGAAUACGCCAUGAUUAUCGAAGAUGAACAAUUUUUGGUGGAGCACACUGCUUCAGCCUUACGGCUUGAUUUGGUGCAUCGGGCUGCUAUGGAUGACUACAUUCCCUCCCUCAUGCCGAUGCUACCUGCUGUCCGCAUUCAGCCCGAGUCUCCUCAUAGUCUACCAGUCUGUGUUCCAGGACCAUCCUCAAUUCUUCCCAUCUAUGAUCCUCUCAUGCCUGCUGCUGCUUGUCGACCCCCACCAAUCCCCUUGCUCUUAAUCCAGUGCAGCAAUUCGUCAGCAUUCAGCCCGAGUCUCCUCAUAGUCUACCAGUCUGUGUUCCAGGACCAUCCUCAAUUCUUCCCAUCUAUGAUCCUCUAAUGCCUGCUGCUGCUUGUCGACCCCCACCAAUCAGACCCCUUGCUCUUAAUCCAGUGCAGCAAUUCGUCAGCAUUCAGCCCGAGUCUCCUCAUAGUCUACCAGUCUGUGUUCCAGAACAAUCCUCAACUAUUCCCAUCUGUGGUCUCAUGCCUGCUGCUGCGUGUCGACCCCCACCUAUCAGACCCCUUGCUCUUAAUCCAGUGCAGCAAUUCCCAGUUCGUAAGCCUUCAAAGCGACCUGAACCCCUUGCUGUCAAUCCGGUUGGAAAGCAGGGGGAAAACCCCGGCGGGUAAGGCUUCCCUGGAGCCUUGAUGACACCAGGAAGGUAAUCAAAGGAGUUGCUAAAUUUGGAAUGAGGUGGAAUAAGUGGAAGCUUAUAAAGAAUAAUAUGUUCAGUGAAGACAAUGAUCGAACUGAGCAGGAUAUCAAAGACAAAUGGUCGAAUCUGAGAUCUGCUACUAGUCCAGAUUCUGUAAGGAUCGGCGCCACAGCAGAGCUGACUGAGGAUGAUUGGGAGCUCAUCAAAGAACUCAAAAAGACGCUUUGAGGAUUAGGGAGAUUCAGCUGCUGUUUUUCUAGCUAUAUGGAGUAAGGAAUAUAAAACCAGGGCUUGUGUAGUCUGGAAUUUUCAUUGUUACAGAUCUCAUGGUUUUUUGUGUAGUCUGAAACUCGUUCACAGUGGACGAUCACAUGGCAGGCUGCAAUACUUUGAAGUUCUGUAGUUGACUCUCUUUUGUAAAAACUCGUAGAGAUGCUUUGAGAAUUAGGGAAAUCCAGCUGCUGUUUUUGUUGGUGUACAGAGUAAAGAAUAGAAAACCAGGUCUUGCGUAGUCUGGAAUUUUCAUUGCUACAGAUCUUUUCAUUUUCUUGUGUAGUCUGAAACUCAUUCGCAUAUGUUCUGAAAGAACACUGUUCCUGUCCUAGUAAUAAAUAAUACAUUGGUGG